AGCACCUUCACACCGUCUACAGAUUGCUGAGGAAGACAUUGUGUCUAGUAGGCAAUCAUGCAGAUCUUCGUGAAGACCCUCACGGGCAAGACUAUCACCCUUGAGGUGGAGUCUAGCGACACCAUCGACAAUGUCAAGCAGAAGAUCCAGGACAAGGAGGGCAUCCCCCCUGACCAGCAGCGCCUGAUCUUCGCCGGCAAGCAGCUCGAGGAUGGCCGCACCCUCUCCGACUACAACAUCCAGAAGGAGAGCACCCUCCACCUCGUGCUUCGCCUCCGUGGUGGUGGUAAGAAGAGAAAAAAGAAGGUCUACACCACCCCCAAGAAGAUCAAGCACAAGCGCAAAAAGACCAAACUCGCUGUGCUCAAGUACUACAAGGUCGACUCCGACGGCAAGAUCGAGCGUCUUCGCCGCGAGUGCCCUAACGAGACCUGCGGUGCCGGUGUCUUCAUGGCCGCCAUGCAGGAUCGUCAGUACUGCGGUCGCUGCCACCUCACCUACGUCUUCGAGAAGAGCUCUUAAAUUGCUGGAAAGCUUAGGGGCAUGAUCUGGGACGGGGAAUGACAAUACCACAUCUCGCUAGGAUUGGAACUUCAUGUAUGGCGUUUUGAGCAGACAUCAGGGUACCUUUGACUGGCAAGGGAAAGCAAAAAUGGGAAUGGCAUGACCGACUUGGCCGAAUCAUUGCUACUUG